AUGCGUUUAACAACGCUCCUCGCGCCAUCCCUUCUAGCUUUCCUUUCCGUCGUCUCUGCAGACGAUGUCCCUUCUGACGUUAUAAACCUCACUACCUCAACUUUCCUCCCCAUCGUCGAGAAGGAGCCGCUCAUUCUUGUCGAAUUCUUUGCCCCAUGGUGUGGCCACUGCAAGGCACUCGCCCCGCAAUACGAGGAGGCUGCUUCCAUUCUCAAAGGCCGAAACAUCAAGAUUGCCAAGGUCGACUGUGUCGAUGAGGCAGACUUGUGCCAGGCCAAUGGAAUCCAGGGAUACCCCACUCUCCGUGUCUACCGCUACGGCCAAGCAACCGACUACCAAGGUCCCCGCAAAGCUGAUGGUAUCGUUGCCUACAUGACAAAACAAGCCCUUCCCGCCGUUUCUGAGGUCACUGCAACCAACUUGGAGGAGAUCAAGGCCGCCGACAAUGUUGUCGUUGUCGCUUACGUUUCUUCGACCACUGAUGCUCCCGCUCCCGCGUUCAGCGCUGCCGCCGAGAAGCACCGUGACGACUAUUUGUUCGGUCUGUCGACUGACAAAGAUGCCAUCGCAGCUGCCAAGGUCACACCCCCCGCUGUCGUUGUCUAUCGCAGAUUCGAUGAGCCCAGCGUCACCUACCCCUUCCCUAUCCAGGACAUGACCGCUGCUGACCUCGAGGACUGGGUCAAGGAGCUUGCUAUUCCCACUCUCGCUGAAGUCACGAGCGAGAACUAUGCCGUCUACGCCCAAAGCACCAAGCCCCUUGCUUACAUCUUCCUCGAUCCCACCACCGAACAAAAGGAGACUACUGUCGCCGCCAUCCGCCCUGUUGCCUCCAAGUACAAGUCCAAGGUCAACUUUGUCUGGAUUGACGCCAUCAAGUUCGGCGACCACGCAAAGGCACUCAACCUCGCUGAGGUCAAGUGGCCCAGCUUUGUCAUCCAGGAUCUUGGCAAGCAACUCAAGUACCCCUUCGACCAAUCAAAGGAGGUCGAAGCCGCCGGCGUUGAAGAAUUUGUCAGCUCUUACCUUGAUGGCAAACUCGAGCCCUCGCUCAAGAGUCAACCUGUCCCCGCUGAGCAGCUCGAGAACGUCUACGAUCUCGUCGGAAAGGAGUUCGAGCGCAUCGUUUUCGAUGACUCCAAGGAUGUCUUCGUUGAGUUCUACGCUUCCUGGUGUGGACACUGCAAGCGUCUCAAGCCCACUUGGGACUCACUGGCCGACCACUUCGCGCCUGUCAACGACUCUUUGACCAUUGCCAAGUUCGAGGCUCAAGAGAACGACCUGCCACCUUCAGUUGGUUUCUCGAUCGCUGGCUUCCCCACCCUCAAGUUCAAGAAGGCCGGCACCCGUGACUUCAUCGAGUACGAGGGUGACCGUUCACUCGAAAGCCUGAUCGCGUUCAUUGAGGAGAAUGCCGCCAACUCACUCAAAUUGCCUUCAUCGCAACCCCACGUUGCUGAUGACUCGGGCGACCUUGCACAAGGCGUCCUCGACGAUCACGAUGAGCUGUAG